GGAAUAAUCAUUCUACAAGCAAUCGUUGCCUUUUUUCUUCUUGUCAUCUUUUUAAUGAAUAACUGUUAAUCGGAGUGAAUCACGUUAACCUUAACAAUGUGCAAAGAGCAAAAAUAUAUUUAAAAAUGUGAAAAAUAAGAUAAAUCAAUCCAAUAUGUUUUAUCUCAAUUUUAUCAAAUUGAUAACAUGACGGAGAUACUAUGAUAUUGUCGAAAUGUUGUUAACUUCUAAUGCGUAAGUAAUAAUGUUACGUGAUCAUACAUAUAAGAAGGAUAUUUCCGAUGCAGCAGCAGUCGUUCACCGAAUCUCGAUACGUAAAGUUGCCUUCGUGCACCAUCUUUGUUAUUAAUUGCAUCAGAAAAAAAAGAAUGUUUAAAAUAAAGUGCAAAAGUUGAUUUAUAUUUAGUAUUACGUAAUAUAAGUAUAUUUAGUGUUUAAUACAGCAAUUUCUUUUUUCAACAUGUUAUACAUAAUCAUUUUGACGGUAAUAGCGGGCGCUCUAGGUCUCUAUUACAUUUUUAAAGAUUUGAACUUUUUCAAGAAACAUAACAUACCGUGUAGAACGCCUUUACCAUUAUUUGGAAAUACGAUCAAAUUGUACUUUCGUCGAGAAACGAUACUUGAUUAUGUCAAUAAUAUUUACAAGUUACAUUCCGAAGCCAAAUAUGUCGGCUUGUUUGAUAAGACAAAUCCAAUUAUAGUGAUUCGCGAUCUCGAACUUAUUAAAUCUAUCGGGCUGAAAAAUUUCGACUUAUUCCCAGAUCAUAGCAGUUUCAUCGACGAAGAUCAAGAUCCGUUAUUCGGCAAAAAUCUGUUUGCUCUCAAAGGGGAGAGAUGGCGGCAAGUACGACCUUUACUAAGUCCAGCUUUUACAUCUAGCAAAAUGAAAAAUAUGUUUAUACUAAUGUCGGAGUGCGCCGUCAAAUUUAGCAAUUACUUGGUGCAAAUGCCAGCAGAGAAGAAAAUAAUGGAUAUAAAAGAGGCAUUUACGAGAUACACAAAUGACAUAAUAGCUACUUGCGCUUUUGGCAUUAGUGUCGAUUCUAUGAGAAAUCCGAACAACGAAUUUUACAUUUACGGCAGGGAGGCGACUGCUUUCGACAGAGUCGCCGUACUAAAAUUAUACUUAUAUAGAAGCUUGCCUUGGGUGGCAAAAAUUCUUAAAAUAAGAAUCAUUCGCCAAAAAAUAGCGGAUUUCUUUCGAGAUCUCGUAGAGACCACCAUAAAAACUAGGGAUGAAAAUGGUAUCGUUCGUCCAGACAUGCUACAAUUGAUGAUGGAGACUAGAGGGAAGGAAGGUAAAGCAGAACUGUCUAUCGAAGACAUGGUAUCUCAUGCAUUCGGUUUCUUUUUUGGUGGUUUCGAGAGCACAUCGACGUUAAUGUGCUUUGCCGCUCACGAAAUUGCGGUGAAUCAAGACGUACAAAAAAAACUUCAAGAUGAGAUUGAUCAAGUUUUGGAGGAUUCAAAUGGUAAAGCACCAUACGAAAUAGUUAAUAACAUGGAAUAUAUGGAUGCCGUAAUUAAUGAAGCUCUCAGAAGAUAUCCGGUUGCGGCAGCAUUAGACAGAGUAUGCGUGAAAGAUUUCGAAUUACCGCCGACAUUACCAGGGAUAAAGCCUUUUACUACAAGAAAAGGACAAGUCAUAUGGAUACCGGUUUAUGGACUUCAUCAUGAUCCUCAGUAUUUUGAAAACCCGGAAAAGUUCGAUCCCGAACGAUUUAUUGGUGAGCGAAAAAAAGAGAGUCUCAAUUGCGGAGCCUAUCUUCCGUUCGGAUUGGGUCCCAGAAUGUGCAUAGGUAAUAGAUUCGCUAUAAUGGAAACGAAAGUUUUGCUGUUUCAUCUAUUGGCACGUUGCGAUUUGAAAACUUGCGAGAAAACACGGUUACCGCUCAAGAUCGCUAAGGGCGGCAUCAAUAUGAUACCCGAAGGUGGCUUCUGGUUGAAUAUAUCACCAAGAAAAAAUAUUCAUCACAGUAUUGCUACCAAUGCUGUCAAUGGGACACGUCAGCUAUGAAAUGGAAAGAAUACCGAAAUCGUAAUGAAACAUAAAGGAUAUGCCGACCUUAUUUAUAAAAAAAGAAGACUCAUGUUGCUGCUAAUUUAUAAAAUAAUAUUAUAUACUUGCAUUAGAAAUAUUUUUGAUAUGCUAAAAGCAGAAUUAUUUCUAUUUCUUAUUGCUGAAAAGGGAAGAGCAAACAUAAAAGGUAAAUGCCUAAGAUGAAUGCCUAAAGGACAAUACUUUUUAUCUUGUACCUGUGUAGUAAGAAUCAUUUUUUACAGAUAUUGGCGUGAUUAUCACCGUCAUAUUAAUUAUCUACAUAUUUUCAAAAUAUUCUGUUAUAUUAUAAGCCAAUU